CACCACAUAUCUGGCUGCCCAAUUCUCAUUUUGUACUUAUUCACGUCAUUAUUCAAAAUCCACAAAUCUCCAGUUUCAGUCGACCCGAGACGAAAAGCAGCCAAGCUAGAGAGAUAGUCAGCUGCCGUAGUGAGAGAAAGUAGGAGAGAGAAUCCAGAAUUUUCCGGCGGCUGAACUCAUUUCAAUCGUCGGAGUGGAAACCUGAACCGACCCAAACGAAUCAAAAACCAUGCCUAAAGGUUCCAAAAGGCGAAAAACUGCCAAGAAAAAUAUGGAAAAUCAAUCGGAUAACUACCACUCCUCAUCUGCUCCUGCUCCUGCUCCCUCAGUUGGUGACGAGUGUGUGAAGCAUGAUCGCGAAAGAGACGACGAUAUUGGUGAGGUUAGCUCGCCUGCAUCUCAGGUGCACCAUAAUCGCAACAACCCUUUAACUGAGGUUGAGUUAGAAGAGACUCAGAAGAAAAACGAAGGAUCAAGAACUACCGUGAAACCUGUUCAGACCGUUAGUAGUAGUGGGAACAGUUCGGAUGAUGAGGCUCAUGAUAUUAAUUACAGUCGAGCAACAGAUGAUUCUUCUUCGGAGGUGAAAAUUAUACAAUCUGUUGACUCAGAGAAAGUUUCUCCAUUGGAUGAGCAAUUGAAAUCGGUUUUGCCUUAUAAUGCUCCAAGUGCUACUACUGAUAAUGGAUCAGAAAAUGAGAGAGAUUCUGCAGAUAUGCAGCCUUUGCUUCACCCCUCUGCAUCUCCAGUGCAAAAGGCAUCAUGGAGAAGUUGUUGUGGACUGUUUGAAGUGUUUUCAGGUUCUGGAAGAUAA